UAGCUUAGUUUAUCAGAAGAGAUCAGAAACAGAGCCCAGCUGUGUGUCUAUGAAGAGUGACAGGUCCAUGGAGCAGCCAUUAAGGUUUAACAGUGGAGUUUCCCAGACUGGUCUUAGCUCAGAUCAUCAGAAGAGAUCAGAAGCAGAGCCCAGCUGUAUGUCUAUGAAGAGUGACACGUCUAUGGAUCCAACAAAAAGAUUUAGCAGUGGAGAUUCAUGGCCUGGUCUCAGCCAUGAAGUCCUCAACACAUUUAGAUCAAAUCUUCUGAAGAACUGUGCGUGUCUGUAUGAGGGAACAGCGACGCAGAGAAACUCAAAACUCCUGAAUGAGAUCUACACAGAGCUCUACAUCACAGAAAGUGAGAGUGGAGAGAUCAGUAAUGAGCAUGAGGUGAGACAGAUUGAGACACAAUCCAGGAGAGCAGCAACAGAGGACACAGCCAUCAAAUGCAGUGACAUCUUUAGACCUUUACCUGGACAAGACAAAGCCAUCAGAACUGUGCUGACAAAGGGAGUCGCUGGCAUUGGAAAAACAGUCUCUGUGCAGAAGUUGAUCCUUGACUGGGCUGAAGGGAAAGAGAAUCAGGACGUCCAGCUCAUAUUUCCACUUCCUUUCAGAGAAAUCAACCUGAUGAAGGACAAAACACUCAGUCUUUCAGAUCUUCUUCAUGUCUUCUUCCCUGAAACUAAAGAAAUGGAAAUAUCCAGUGAUGAAUAUAAAGUGUUGUUCAUCUUUGAUGGUCUGGAUGAGUGUCGUCUGUCUCUGAACUUUAAGAGCAAAGUGAAACUGUGUAAUAUAUCUGAAUCAGCCUCAGUGGACGUGCUGCUGAUGAACCUUAUUGUGGGGAAUCUGCUUCCCUCUGCUCUCAUCUGGAUCACCUCCAGACCAGCAGCAGCUGAUCUCGUCCCCUCUGAGUGUGUCCAUCGAGUGACAGAGGUACGAGGCUUCAAUGAGCCACAGAAGGAGGAAUACUUCAGGAAGAGAAUCAGUAAAAAGAUAUUAGCUAAAAGGAUCAUCUCACACCUGAAGUCAUCGAGGAGUCUCUUCAUCAUGUGCCACAUCCCAGUGUUCUGCUGGAUCUCAGCCGCUGUUCUGGAGAAGAUGCUAAGGAAAUCAGGGAAAGGAAAGAUUCCCAAGACCCUCACUCAAAUGUACACACACUUCUUGAUCCUUCAGACCAACAUCAAACGUGAGAAGGACUAUGAGAAGAAGGUGACAGAUGAAGACAUGAUCCUCAAACUGGGGAAAGUGGCUUUUGAGCAGCUUGUGAAAGGGAACCUGAUCUUCUAUGAGGAAGACCUGAGAGAGUGUGGCAUUGAUGUGACCGAAGCAUUAGUGUACUCAGGAUUGUGCACUCAGAUCUUCAGAGAGGAGUUGGGCUUGUCUCACGGGAAAGUCUUCUGCUUUGUUCAUCUAAGCAUUCAGGAACAUCUAGCAGCUCUGUAUGUGCACCUCUCCUGUACAAACAACAACAUCUAUGUGUUUGACCAAACCAAACAUAGUCUUUUCUCUAAAGUCUUAAACUGGAUGAAGUCAGUAUCUACUCUGCACCAAAGAGCUGUGGACGAGGCUUUACAGAGUAAGAAUGGGCAUCUAGAUCUUUUCCUGCGUUUUCUUCUGGGUCUCUCACUGGAGUCCAAUCAGACUCUCUUACGAAAACUACUGACACAGACAGGGAUCUGCUCCUACAACAAAGAGGAAACAGUUCAGUACAUCAAACAGAAGAUCAGAGAGAAUCGCUCUCCAGAGAAAUCCAUCAAUCUGUUUCACUGUCUGAAUGAACUGGGUGAUGAUUCACUGAUGCAGGAGAUCCAAGAUUAUCUGAAAUCUGGAAAAAUAAAAAAAGCCAAACUCUCCUCUUCACAGUGGUCAGCUCUGGUUUAUGUGUUGCUGACAUCAGAGCAGAAGAUGGAUGUGUUUGAUCUGAAACCGUUUAUUGGAACACAACAUACAGCAGAUGAAGUUCUUCAGAAGCUGGUGUCUGUGGUUAAAGAAUCCAGAUCGGUUCGACUACAGUCCUGUAAUCUCACUUCUCAGUCCUGUAAGAGUUUGUCAUCAGUUUUACAGUCAUCAAACUCUGUCCUGAGAGAGCUGGACCUGAGUAACAAUGACCUGCAGGAUUCAGGAGUGAAGCUUAUUUCUGAUGGACUGAAGAGUCCAAACUGUCAGCUGGAGAUACUGAGGUUGUCUGGCUGUAUGGUGACAGCAGAAGGGUGUCAUUAUGUGUCUUCAGCUCUCAGUUCAAACCCCUCACACCUGAGAGAGCUGGAUCUGAGCUACAAUCACCCGGGAGAUUCAGGAGCCAAGCUGCUCUCUGAAAAACUGGAGGAUCCCAAGUGCUCACUGGACAAACUCAAUGUGGAUCAUGAAGGAGAGAUCAGGAUUACAGGAGGACCACGAAAAUGGGUCUGUUUCCUCACACUGGAUCCAAACACAGCAAACACUCAACUCAUUCUGUCGGAGGAGAACAAAAAGGCGACAUGUGUGGAAAACAAACAGAUGUAUCCUGAUCAUCCAGACAGAUUUGAUCAUUGGUGUCAGGUGUUGUGUAGAGAGAGUGUGUGUGGACGCUGUUACUGGGAGAUUGAGUGGAGUGGAGAUGGCGUGGACAUAUCAGUGUCAUAUAAGAGCAUCAGCAGGAAGGGAUUGGGUGAUGAGUGUGUGCUUGGAUAUAAUGAUCAGUCCUGGAGAAUCAGCUGCUCUCCCUGCAGUUACUCAUUCAUACACAAUGACAUAUGGACUAGUCUCACUGUAGAGCCCAUCGGCAGAAGAAUAGGAGUGUUUGUGGAUCACAGUGCAGGAACUCUGUCCUUCUACAGCGUCUCUGACACAAUGAGCCUCAUCCACACAGUCCAGACCACAUUCACUCAGCCACUCUAUCCUGGGUUUAGGGUUUUUACUGGAUCAUCAGUGAAACUGUUUUGAUGAAUCAGAAUAGAUUAACGAGAGAUUCUACCCAUAAUGCUUUGAGCUGUAUGAUAAAUCAGUAACAGUGAGAUGUUAUAGAGUCUCUUCAUUACAUUAAUACUGCAGCUGAACUUCUGUCUCUGAAAUAACAUGUCAGAAUAAAUGUAAUAAAUCCUCAUAUAGACA